CCUGCUGCUGCCCUUCUCUCCUGAGCCACUUCCCUUGAUUGCACGACCCCCUUGGUGCUGUCUUUUGGUUCAUUCUUUUGCUGCUGGGGGUGGUUUCUUCGUGUCCAUCUUUCGCCGCUCCAUCCCGGUCCGUUUGCUCGGUACCCUAGAAACAAUCUCGCUAACACGCUACGCGGAGAAUAGCACAAGCUUGCGCACCUGAUCCCGGGAUUGCCAGUUCCUUUACAUUGUACACUUAAUCCCAUCUUUCCCCUUUGUCGACGCGAUGUUGCGUUCGUCGUUUGGGUUGGGUAAAGGCCGGUUGCCAGCUUUGCGGCAAUCAGUCUCUGCUCGAUCCUUGAACUCGAGGAACUCUGUCCUUGGCUGGAAUCAGUUCCGACGAAAUGCUUCGACUGUGACUAGUCUGGAGAACUAUCCCAACGUGGGAGAAAGCCUGCACGGGUUCACCGUGCAAGAAAAGAAGCAUGUCCCAGAACUACACCUGACGGCAGUGCGACUAAAACAUGACAAGACGGAUGCCGACUACCUCCAUGUGGCAAGGGACGACAAAAACAACGUUUUUGGUGUCGGAUUCAAAACGAAUCCUCCAGAUGCUACUGGCGUGCCUCAUAUUCUGGAACAUACCACGUUAUGUGGUAGUGAAAAAUAUCCCAUUCGUGAUCCUUUCUUUAAGAUGCUUCCUCGAUCGCUUUCCAACUUCAUGAAUGCCUUUACUUCCGCGGACCACACGACGUAUCCGUUCGCCACAACCAACCAACACGACUUCCAAAACCUUCUCUCCGUCUACCUGGACGCCACAUUUCACCCUUUGCUUAAGGAGGAAGAUUUUCGACAGGAGGGAUGGCGUCUGGGCCCAGAGGAUGCGCGCGCCGUGAAGACGCAGGACGGAAAAGCCGAGGACGUCUUGUUCAAAGGUGUCGUGUACAACGAAAUGAAGGGUCAGAUCUCCGACGCAAACUAUCUCUACUAUAUCCGAUACCGAGAGAACAUUUUCCCUGCCAUCAACAACUCCGGAGGUGACCCGCAAUAUAUUACGGAUCUGACGCACAAGCAACUCGUUGAUUUCUCCAAGAAGAACUACCAUCCGAGCAACGCCAAAAUCUUGACCUACGGGGACAUGCCCCUGACUGGUCAUCUCAAGCAGAUCGGCGAGGUGCUUAAUGGCUUCAACAAAGGAGAGGCCGACAACUCUGUCAAGCAGCCCAUUGAUCUUACCCGCGGCCCUCAGAACGUCACUGUUCCGGGUCCCAUCGAUACAUUCUCUAGCGACGACAAGCAGUUCAAGACCUCGACCUCGUGGUACAUGGGCGAUGCCACCGAUGUUGUCGAGACCUUCUCUGUUGGUAUUUUGUCCUCUUUGCUGCUAGACGGUUAUGGCUCGCCCAUGUAUCGGGCUCUGAUUGAGAGUGGGCUGGGCUCGUCGUUCACCCCUAACACAGGGCUUGAUCCCUCCGGAAGGGUACCCGUCUUCUCAGUGGGUGUCACCGGUGUGGGCGAAGAGGAGGCACCGAAGGUUAAAGAGGCCAUCCAACGUGUUUACCAGGACUCUCUGUCCAGUGGCUUCAACGACGAGAAGGUCCAGGGAUUCCUGCACCAACUCGAGCUUGCCCUGAGGCACAAGACGGCAAACUUCGGCAUCGGUGUUAUGGAAAAGACCUUGUCUUCGUGGUUCAAUGGCACAAACCCCAUGAAGGAACUCGCUUGGAACGAAGUCAUUGACGAGUUCAAGCGCAGAUACAAGGAAGGUGGCUACCUUGAGUCACUGAUGCAGAAAUACUUGAUGAAUGACAACUACCUCACCUUCACCAUGGUCGGCUCGCCUACUUUUAACAAGGACUUGGAUGAUCAGGAAAUGGUGCGGAAAGAGAAGAAGCUUGCGGAGCUUGUGGAAAAGCACGGCUCUAUUGAAAAGGUCGUUGCUCAUCUGACUGAGGAAGAGCUCCAAUUGCUGAAAACGCAGGAGGCGGCCCACAAUGCCGAUUUGAGCUGCUUGCCCUCUCUUCGCGUUGAAGAUAUUUCGCGCGAGAAAGAGCGCAAGCCCGUGCGCGAAUCUCGUGUGGAUGACGUUGACGUGGUCUGGCGUGAAGCCCCGACCAACGGCAUGACUUACUUCCAAGCAUUGAACUCAUUUGAAGACCUCCCAGAUGAUCUCAGGUUGCUGAUGCCCUUGUUCAACGACUGUGUCAUGAGACUGGGCACUGCAAACAAAUCCAUGGAGGAAUGGGAAGAUCUGAUCAAAUUGAGGACCGGCGGUGUUUCGUCGUCUGCAUACAAUGCCUCUUCCCCUACCGAACUCGGCAAGUUCCACGAAGGUCUGAACUUCUCUGGAUUUGCUCUCGACCAAAACAUCCCGGAGAUGCUGGAGAUUCUCACUACUCUUAUCACGACAACGGAUUUCACCAGCCCUUCCGCUCCUGGCAUGAUCCAGGAGCUGCUGCGAUUGACCACCAACGGUGCUCUUGAUGCUGUGGCUGGAACCGGCCAUCGUUUCGCCCUGAAUGCGGCAGCUGCAAGUCUUUCUCGGGGUCUGUGGGUUCAGGAGCAGCAGUCUGGCCUGGCGCAACUUCAGGCGACCGCCAACCUUCUCCGAGAUGCCGAAACUUCUCCGGAGCGUCUGGCCGAGUUGGUCGAGAAGCUGCGCCUUAUUCAGUCGUUUGCUAUCUCGAAGACCCCAGGACUCCGGGUUCGUAUGGUGUGUGAGCCAGGAAGUGCGCACCAAAAUGAGUCCGCCCUGCAGAAAUGGCUCGGCGGGCUGCCCCAGAUUUCUGCGCCCACAUCUGCGCCUGGAAAUCCAGUCUCGAAUCAAGCUUUCACCAAGACUUUCUACGAUAUGCCUUACAAGGUUUACUACUCGGGUCUGGCCAUGCAAACGGUGCCGUUUGUCCAUUCGUCCAGUGCACCCCUCAGUGUUCUAUCCCAACUGCUUACCCACAACUAUCUUCACCCUGAAAUUCGGGAGAAGGGAGGUGCUUAUGGAGCAGGUGCCAGCAACGGCCCCGUGAAAGGCAUUUUCGCGCUGACCAGCUACCGAGACCCCAACCCCAUCAACUCCCUGAAGGUGUUCCAGAACUCUGGCAUUUUUGCCCGAGACCGCCAAUGGUCCGCUCGCGAGCUCAACGAAGCCAAGCUGGGUAUCUUCCAGGGCCUGGAUGCGCCAAUGAGUGUUGAUGAAGAAGGAACUCGUUACUUCAUGAGUGGUGUCACCCAUGAGAUGGACCAGCGCUGGAGAGAGCAAGUGCUGGACGUCACGGCCAAGGAUGUCAACGAGGCGGCUCAAGCCUUCCUGGUCGAUGGCUCCCGGCGGUCGGUUUGCAUGCUCGGCGAGAGAAAAGACUGGGCCGAUUCGGAAGGUUGGGAAGUCCGAAAGCUUUCCAUGAACCCCUCCGGCGAAGCCUCGGCUGCUGCAGCGCACGAAGUGGUAUCGAUGCCACCUGGAGUCCAAAAUCCGGCUUUCUACCCUCAUGCAGCGCCGUCAGAUCAAGACGCACAGUCCAUUCUUGGCCGCCUAGACCGGAUUGAGGCCGUUUUAGGUCUCAAUAAAGAAAGGCCUACCACCGCUUCAAUUAGCGUUGCGUCAGACCUUGACGAAGAGGCCAUGGACGUGCCUUUCUAUGACUUAUGGGCAGCGGCAAAACACCUGAGGACUAUCACUCGUCCUCCACAAGAUGACAGUCUUUGGUCUCGUUCUACCAUCAAGAGGUUAUGGACCAAAUUUCUUGACAAUCUGCCCCUUUUACAUUUUCUGAAAGAUCAGAAUGCCUUUUCUUCCCCUUCGCCUCUUCUCCUCGCUUCUGUUCUUUACAUAUCUGCACUCCAUAGUCCAUCGGCUGAAGUCGCAUCUCUGGCUGGUGGGUACUUUGUGGCCAUCUGCAGCGCAAUUGCUGAGCUUGUUAUCCCAAGCCCCUUGCCAAACCUCCUUGACCCGCCAAUCUCCAGCCUCAGAAAUCACGACCCUUCCAGCAUUGCGGAUGAGCAGCGCGUAUUCCAAAACAUCCUUGGCCUUAUUAUGGCCAGCCUCUGUUCGGAGGCAUUCGUCGAGACUACGGACAAGUGGAUAGCUAUAGCCUACCGACUUUUGCUCGAUCAUUGUCCAACUGCCGCGGAUAGCAUAGUCCAGGACUGGCCUGGCUUGUUCUCGGGGAUUCAAGUCAUCGAUAUCGAGCAUGCAUCAAUGCACAUGUGUCAUCCUCUCCUACCUAGACAACCUCCUACGUCGGCACUACAGCAGUUGAACGGCCAUGAAGGGGACGCAUAUCGUGGUCUUACCCAGAUUAUGCACCACGGACUGAGUCAUUUUGUGAGACGAGGACUUCCUACUAUUUGGUCCUUCGUGAGCGCAAAGGAGCCUGACAUACUACCUUCCGUGCGGGCACCGUUCACUGAUGAAGACUCUCAAAUCAUUCGUCUUUGGGCAAAGAAGCUGGACAACUGGCUCGUUCGGUAUAACGGGACGUCGCAACCGUCCCCCUCAGAUCGACAGGGAAUCGUUAUACUUCUGCAAUACCACCUACACAAGCUAUACGUCCUAUCAAUUUAUCAUCCGGCUCGAGGAUUCGAUCUCUCAUCUGCGAAUAUAACUCCUGCCGAAAGACAUGAACUAUUGGUCUCAGCUCGAGCCGUGCUACGCUUACGCCAGGACGACGCCAGCAUCUGGUCGAACUGGGAUCUUAUAAUGAUAACAUGGGCCGCGAUGCUCCUCCUACGCGGAGUAGAAGACGGCGUUACGCACCAAGACGACCUCCGUCUCAUCCAAUCGCACCUUCAAAGCCUUAAACUCAGCCACCCCUCGGCACCCAGCAUCCACGCCGUCCUCGCCGACCGACUCCAAUCCGGGAUACAAAGCAUGAACACGCCGCCGGACAUGGGCCCCGAGCUAUCCUUUCCCGGCCCACACGCAGACCACUCCUGGACCAUCUUCGACCAGGAGGUCAUGCCGCUCGCCAACCCGCCGUGGCUCUUCGAAGGCGCCGCCUCCCUGGCCUCAGUGCCGCCGCAGCUGGCGCAGCAGUCGCCCAUCCCGUCGGUCGGGUAUACGAGCAACCUGGGUGCCAGGCAUCCAGCGGCUUUCCCUGCCGGCGAGCAGUGGGAGCAUCAUACGGCGCCGGGACCGCCUGUGCGUCCGACGCCGAGCUUUCAUCGUGUGUUUGGGCCUGGGAAUGUCCCCAAUGAGAAUAAUAGCUAUUUGAUGUGAAUGUGUCAACGGGACGUUUUGGGAAGAGGAACUUGGCCAUUCUGUCAAGGCUACAAUGUGGAAUAUAUAUGCUCUGUGCUUCUCUGACCAUUAUUUGUCUUAGCAAAGCCAGUGAGUGCAUGUCAAAGCAGUACAAGGUCCGGGAAUAGAGUUUAAAAAUCAUUAUUCCUUCAUCACAUUGGGUAUAUGGUGUCAAAUCAUGAGUCAUGUCAU